UUGUGACUGUUGUUGUGCAGCAGAACGAGCGGUGUUGAUGGGAGACCUCUGGACGGAGUCCGCAGUGUGAGGGUGCAGCAGGGCUCUGAGUGUGAGUCAGAUGGGCGCUCCAUCAGGUGCACUGAGGUGUUCUACCAGCUGAAGAGCCUGGACUGCAGCCUGGUGUCAGUUCUGCCAUCCUGCAGCGUGUUUCAGAAGGAGAUGGCUUUGGCUGCCUGCAGCGCUCUGACUCCUCACCUCGCUGUUCUCACCUCCUGUGGCAUCAACUCGCUCUCUCUGCGCGUCUCCACACAGGCUGAUAUGGUGGAGUACCAGGCUGGCUCUGGGGGCAGACUUCUCCCUCAGCACUACAUGAACGAGCUGGACAGCGCCCUGAUCCCCGUCAUCCAUGGAGGGUACGCCAGUGUGCCGCAGACUGCCAUGGACAUAGAGUUCAUCUUCUACAUCACCCAUUCCAUCUGAUAAACACACAGGCUGUAACAGAGUCAACGUGAGCCGCUGAUUGUGGCAGGACGAGUCGCCAAGUAGACGUCUCCACCCUGAG